UUAAUAUAAAUUAUAUGUUUACCUCCACCAUCGUCUGUCAGGUGCGCAUGCGCAGUAGGACGCCGCUGGCUUUAAGCAGAAAUUAUGGCCGUCGCGAUGCAGACGGAGGAUUUUCCUUAUUUACCUUCGGGGCUGGCUGAGGUAAAUAAGAUGAUAAAGGAGCACGGUGACCUGUUUUCUGACACUCAGUGUAAAAUCUGCAGUGCUGUCCUCAAUUCUGAGUCCCAGAAGUUGACUCAUUAUCAGAGCAAGAAACAUGCCAACAAAGUGCGCCGUUAUCUUUCCAUCCAAAACGAUAAGGAGCCAGCGCUGAAAAUAUUCAAGUCGUCAGCAUCUGACACUCAGGACUGUAACAAUGGAGACACAGACCGGUCGAAGGUGUGUCAUGUAUGUAACAUGACCUUCUCCUCUCCAGUGGAGGCCGAGUCGCACUACAAUGGCAAAGUUCACACCAAGAACCUGAGGCUGAAAACCAUCGGCCCCCAGAACCCAGUCCCCUCCCUAACACCAGCAACAGUCCAGCCGAAGAAGAAACCUGCAGAAGAUUCGAGCAGCGUGCCGGUGACGGGUGUCGGUAACAAUAACAACAACAACAAUGACAACAACAACCCAGACCGCUUCUGCUCCAUCUGCCAGGCCUCCUUCAACAACCCGCUCAUGGCCCAGCAGCACUACGUUGGCAAGAAGCACAGGAAACAGAUGACCAAGCUGAAACUGAUGGAGACGUACGGGCCCUCCACGGCACCAGCUUCCACGCUAAAGGGCUACCCAUGCACAGUGUGCAGCAUUGAGCUGAACUCUGUGGCGCAGUACCAGUCUCACAUCAGUGGCGCCAAACAUAAGAACCAAGUGAAGAAGUCAGGCCUGAACCCUGCAGAGAACCAGGAGCCAGCAGAACAAUUUGAGGGCGAGGUCCAGUACGCCGACGGAGAAACCCAGUUCACAGCGGCGGACGACCAGUACCCUCCCACAGAAGACACAGAGUAUGCUGCGGAGGACACCCAGUACGCUCCCGAGGACACGGAGUACUCGGAGGAGUGCCAGUUUACUUGAGUUUUGGAGAGGAUCCAGUCAGGACUUGAUGACACACAACAACCAGCCCCCUUUAACACAUUAACGUCAACCUCCAUGGAGUUUCUCUUCCAGAUCCUCAUCUCGUUAAGUUGAUUUCCAUGGAACAGAGUGACCCCGGCCCUGGAAAAUGGUAUUUUAUCAUUUUGGGUUCCCGACUAAAAGCGUUUCCUUCUCUAAUCAAAGCUUUCGAUGUGUGGAAAGGUGGAAGGAUGGUAAGCAGCUAAACCCUUCAGCAUGUGAUCGUGGGUCCAGCAGCCGUCAUUUGUACCCAGAACCUCGAUAAAGAUUGUCUUCUUCUCUUUCAGACGAGAACAGACUGAAAAACAUCCUCUGUGUGAGUGUACACUAGGGCUUGGUAUCCUGUGAAACUUUAGAAAAUACAUGUCUUUCUACAAUUAUCCUUAUUCACGUCAAAAAACAUGUUUUUAAUGAGUAAUUAUGAAUAAAUUACAAGACAAGAGAACAAAACACACUCUUAAAACGUGAAAAUUCCAAUUUAAAUGACUUAAUAUUGUAAGGAAAUGCCAGCGCGUUAUACUCUGUGACAUAGAGGUUAAAUAAAAGGGUGAAACCCAGCCUUAGUGAACAAAUUAGGGAUGUUUGUUAUCAAAGAUUGGAUAUUCUCAUUACUCAUAUUUACCUAAAUGUUGAUAGAAUGAUAUAAUUAUAAUCUGACACUUAAAAAUACCAUCUGUAGACUGGUACAUUUGAUUUUGAGCUAGCUUUUUGACUUGUAUUGUUUAAAUGAAAGUAUAACAGGAGACUUGAAAUUGAUGUGAUGAACAGCAGCAUGGUAUGUAAAUGAUCAGAUUGUUAUUGGCUUUUUUUCUCGCCAUUAUCCAUUAGUUUUAAAUAACAAUCAAUUUAUAGGAUCAACGUGGGAGACGUGUCAUCAAAGGAAUAACCUGACUAACAUCUAACCAGUACUAACGAGUAGCAGAGCCACAUGUAAGCAAUGAUUUAAAGCCAAGCUGCUUCAGGUUCCUAAAUCUCAUUUAUUUCUGGAUAUAGUUGGUUUGCAUCUCCAGUGAAUGUAUUCAAACACCUUUUUCCUCCGCUUUCUGUACGUUUGAUUAUUUCUGAAGCAGGUUUUGAAGACAUUGGAAAAGGGAAAGUUUAUUCAAACGUUUGCACGGCAGGAUGAGUCACUGUAGCCAGUUUUAAAUAACUUUCUCUUGAGAAACUUGAUCUAGUUUGUCAAAAACUGAUAUUUGUUGGACUGUAUGAUAACAGUUCGGUAUCUAUAUCCUGUUUAUUUUGAAGUUCAAAGCCAAAAUAAGCUUUCAUUGACAUGUUGCUGCCUGUUCUGUUUUAAACCAUCGAGUACCGGAUUGUGAAGUGUGGUUUUUGAUUUUUCUGGACAAAGUUGGUAUGUCCGCCCAGAAUCCCUUUUUGUUUACCUCGUGUUGGCUGAGUUUUUACAGAAAACCGACAAACUUAUCAAAUUGAUUAAGAUAUAUUUUGAUUUCCCUGUCAUGCGUUGAAUACCUUGCUAAAGAAAGGAUUUUUUUUUUUAUCGUACACUUUAAAUGAUAUUGUGAGAAUGUAAAUCUGUACAGGAAGCUCAUCAUCAAUGCUGCUAAAAGGCUCGUUGUUCUCUCCUAAAUGUGUUCCUCUACUGCUUCAAACCUACCAGAAUUUACGCCUUUUGUAUAGGGGUUGAUGUCAUUUUAUACAGUUUGAGUUUAAAGGAGUAGAGAAAUGAAAGGGACUUUGUUGAAGAUCAUGAAUUUAUCCUCGUUAUUUAAACUGAAUCUCUAAAAGCCGUGAGCUAAAAUAUGACAUUUUGUACCGUUGACUUUUGGUGUGGUGACAGAUUUUUAGAUACCUUCUGAUGGCCGAUAGAGCUCUGUAACUACUGUCAAUAGCAGAGAUAUACUUCAGAUUUUCGAGAGUGAUGUCAAUUUAGAAAGUGAUGUCAACAUAGGAAUAACAUUUGUUUUGUUCUCAUACAAGAUGAUCGGUUGAAUAGUUUAGUAUUGAAUGUCUUCAAGGGAAUCUUUCUUUGGACGUAUUUUUCUUCAGAGCGGGUCACACAUUCUGUAUAGUAGCUACAUGGUAAAAGACAAAUGGCCUUUUUCUGUUUUCCCGUGUUUAUGUGUUGUUUAAAUGUUUUGUGGUCAAACAUUUGAGUUCAAUAUAAGUUGUGUAUAACUGAGGCGACACAUGCAGCAAAGAUGUGCAUAAAGCAAAGAAAUGUUUUAAGAGACUUGCUUUGAUUGGUUCUUUUUAUUAUCCUUCAUACAUUAAAAAUAAAACAUUUAAGAAAUA